GUUCACGCUCCGUCAGUCUGUCGGCAACCUGCGUACCAGUCGUGUCGCAGCGCUCACGUAACAAAAUUCUUAUAUUAUUAUUACCAUAUCACUCUAUUUACUUGCCUUGACACUUGACACGGUGGUGUGUUCAAUUCUUCGUUCUUUCGACUGUAUACGUUGCGCGUUUUUCAUUUUUUCGCGAAACACCCCGAGAAAAUAUUUACGUCCAUACGCGUCCGGAGGCUCUCUCUUCGUCAUCGUCGAGGAAAAUCGUCUCUCGCAUAUAUAUAUACAUAUACACCACUUGUAUCCGCGCUCGCGCAUAUGAAACCAUUCGCCAGGAUUCGCGGUCGUAUCAUCACCCACGGAACUCAUCCGAGAUAAAGUGAUAGACAGACAGCAGGUCGUAACGAGAGAGAGAGGGAGAGAGGAACCAUACAAAUACGUCAAGUACGAACCCGUCGUCGUCUGCGAACCUUACCCCAUCGCAACCACGAGCUACGAGCGUCAUUGGUUUUCCGGAGCAUUGUUGCGUGCGAGCCACCGGGUGCGUGGCAAAAAAUCGUGCGCCUCCUGCAACCUCAUCUUCGCGGUCAUCAUCGCCGUCGCCGUCGUCCUCUUCGUGACGUGUAAUCGCGCGAGCGCGUUCACCCAGCAACGUUAGGAAAUACUCCGGAACCAUCAUCAGACGCAUCCGGUGCAUGGAUUACUGCUGCUCAUCGAUAAAUGAAAUAUCCGGUCUCGACCAGGAGCAACCUCGCCGAUCGCGUUCACCGGGUGCUGCCCUGCUCCUCCUCCGCGGCGGACACGCUGCUGCUGCUGUUGGUGUAUCGAUUGCUCUAAAAUAGACGCGUGGGAACAACACCUGCAGGCCAGGCGUACACGUAUACACAUGCCGCUCGCAGGCGCAUAAACGCGCAACAGACCGCACACGUUCGUGCACCACGCUUCGUACAUAUACAUCUACAUAUAUAUCACACUCUCUCUCCCUCUCUCUCUCUCUUUUUCUUUCUCUCUCGCUCUCGCUUUUACGCUGCCACGACUCCCUUGCAGCGGCAACGUGUGACAGGUGCAACGACGACGACGACGUCGUUGUAGGGUAGCCGGAGGUGGCGCUAUCGGAGAACCGCAACAGAAAGCGGAAGAAGAAGUGAGCGAGGUCGGCAUCGGCGAAAAGCACGCGAAAGAGAAGAGGAAAAGGAAGAGAAGAGGAAGAAGGAAGGAAGAAAGGGGAAAGCCGGCCAGGGAAGAGAGACAGAGACAGAGAGAGAGAAAGAGAGCGAAGACCGGGUCAGGGAAGGAGCUGAAGGCGUGGAGGAGGAACAGGAGGAGGUGGCCGCGGCCCCCGUGUUUUUUCACGAAGGGAAGGUUAUUUUCCAGUAAUACGUCCUGGAGGCGCCCGUCGUCUUCGCCGGUACAACCAUAACGCCGCCCGCUUUAAAACGACCGAGACGGGACACGGUGGACUCAUCGCCGCCACCCGCUCGUACCGCAGUCCCCGGCAACCCCGGACCGUCCGGCAAACUCGCCUGCAUCAUGGACGCGCCACUAUCGCAGAGCAUGGACUCCGUCAACACGGUGGCCACCGGCGAAGAUGAGGUGCGCACCUUGUUCGUGAGCGGCUUGCCGAUGGACACCAAGCCGAGGGAGCUCUAUCUACUCUUCAGAGCGUACGAGGGGUACGAAGGGUCGCUGUUAAAAGUCACGAGUAAAAAUGGGAAAACAGCAUCGCCGGUGGGAUUCGUGACUUUUCACACGAGGGCAGGCGCGGAGGCGGCGAAGCAGGAUCUGCAGGGGGUUAGAUUCGAUCCUGAUAUGCCACAAACCAUACGUUUGGAAUUUGCAAAAAGUAACACAAAGGUUAGCAAACCCAAGCAACCAGCCGCUGCAGCAGCCACCUCGCACCCCGCUCUGAUGCACCCUUUAACGGGACACCUAGGGAGUCCAUUCUUCCCCGGUGGUCCUGAGUUGUGGCAUCAUCCAUUGGCGUAUUCUACAGCCGGCGAAUUACCGGGCACGCUGCAACAUGCGACGCUGGUGCAUCCGGCGUUACAUCCUCAGGUCCCCGCGCCUAUGUCCCUGCCGCAUCCUACAACGCUGACGUCGAUACACGCGUCGCUGCCUCAUUUUCUACCGUCGCCGGCAUUGGCGUCACCGGUCGGGUCACCCUCGUCGCAGCCGAACCUAGCUGUCAGCAAUGCGCAGUGCUCCACCCUCUUCGUGGCGAACCUGGGCCAGUUUGUGUCCGAGCAUGAACUAAAGGACAUAUUCAGCAGUUUUCCUGGUUUCUCCCGGCUUCGUAUGCACACGAAGGGAGGGUCGCCAGUGGCCUUUGUCGAAUACCAAGACGUUCGCUACGCGGCCCAGGCGAUGGCCACUCUCCAAGGGUCCUUUCUCCUCUCCUCCGACCGGGGAGCGAUACGAAUCGAAUAUGCAAAGUCAAAAAUGGCCGAGGUGGGCUUUACAAAUCUCUGGAUCGAAGGAUCAAAGAGACAAGAAAACGGCCAACCUUAAGAUCGAUAUCAACGGUAUGUAAAGGGGUAGAGGAUCAGCCGGUCCGAGGAGACGGCGUUUUUCGCCGAACAGGACAUCAAUCAGAAAAUAAAACACGAGGAAGAACCGCGCAGGAAGCUGUACAUUACUCGAACAGUCGACAUAUCACCGGCGAGAGAUCGCGAGAAAUGAAAACGUCGCAAACGCGGGAGCACAUAGACGUAAACACACAUGACACACAAUAAGAAAAUUAAAAAAAAAAAAAAAAGAAAAAAGAAAAAGAGAAGAGACGCAGAAAUUGUGAACGUGGAUGGUAGAAGAGCAAAAGAUUUUCGAUCGCUCUUCCGCCGAAAGGAACACAGCAAACAUAUCGGUAGGCAAAUUCUUGUAAAUUCUUCAAUAUUGCAGAACGGAGGCGUGUUGGUUCGCGCGACUCUAGCGGGGGGCCCAAUAUAAUCACGUAAUAUUCCUAGGUAUAUAUAUUUUUUAACGAACUUAACUUAUCGAUUCGCGUACCUAUCUUUACCUACUAUUUAUUUUUCACCGUGUCUUUGAUCGCGAUCGACGACGACGAAGCGAGAGAGAAAAAAGAUGAUAGCUGGAAUGAGAUGGUAGCAGAGGAAAGAUCGAAGAGAGAAAAUAACAGAAAUGAGAGAAGUAAAGCGAAGCGAGGAAGCGGAUUUCGUUUCUUGUAUACAUAUGCAAAGAGAGAAGGCACUCUUCGAUACUCACACUUCUAUCGCGAUGUUUGUUUACACAUGUACACAUACACAUACAUAUACAUGCGCAGACUUUUUCAGAUACAUUAACAAGCGCCAUGACGCCAUUCCGGGAUAGUAUAAAAAUAUACGCGAAGUAUCAUAAAAAUUGCAUUAAACGAUAACUUA